AUGAAGUUGAUGCAGAGCCCGUGCUACAGCCUUACGCUCCGAAGCUGUGGUGCCUCUUUCUCAUUUUCUCUCUUUUACAUCCAGGCAAAGAAUCUGUUGCUAGCAGCAUUAUUGUUCCUGGCUGUCACUCACUGUACUAUUCGCCGAAGUGGGUUGGCCAGAAGCAGCCCAGCUUGCCGCCCUGUCAAUGCCACCAUUGCAGCUGAGAAGAAUGACUGCCCUGUCUGCAUGACCAUCACCACUACCAUCUGUAGUGGUUACUGUGAGACCAAGGAAAUGUUGUGGAAGACUACCUACAUCUCCUUCAGCCAAAGAGUCUGCACUUACAAAGAAGUACGCUAUGAGACUGUGCUUCUGCAAGGCUGUCCACCAGGUGUUGACCCGUCCUUCACCUACCCUGUGGCUCUCAGUUGUCACUGUGACCUCUGUAAGAUGGAUUCCAGUGACUGUACUGUUCAGAGCACUGGCCCUGACUCCUGUAGCAACCAAAACCGUCUUGCUUAAUAAAGAAGGGCCACUAAUAAAUGCCAUCAUAGGCCAACAGCAGUGCAUAUACUUCCAGGGGUGCUUUACUCAAUGGAACCCUGAAAUUUUGCAUCCCAGUCCUUUCAUGCUC